CGCCCGGAGGCUGACAGAGCUGGGCUGUGUUUGCAGCUCAACACGCCUCACAUGUUCACAACCGUAACUUUUGAAUGAAACGGCCGAGGGGUUACUACCGGAAAUAAGCGCUCGGACUUUCAAAUAAUGUCAAACGGCAUGGAGUCCAAACGACAAAGUGUGGUGAUGGAGCGGCUUGUGAAUGAGCUCGGCUCUCUGCUGAAGAUGCUUGACCACGAGAUGGUCAGUCCUGCCACUUCUGACAAGAUAGCCUCCAUUCGUAACAUCCUGGACUCAAUGCAGCUGUCAGUCAAUGGAUCAGACGUCUACAUGAACAGCUGUCUCUAUGGUAACGGCACCAGCUUUGUAGAGUCUCUGUUUGAGGAUUUUGACUGUGAUUUGCACAUGCUCAGUGCAUCUCCAGUGGAGCAGAAAGAGCACAAAGAAGAAGAGGAGAAGACUCAUCCUAAUAAAUCUACACCAACUGACACGCCCCCUCCUCUGCCGACGACCCCACUUCCCGAUGACUACUAUGAAGAGGCUGUUCCUCUUGAUCCUGGAUCCACCCCUCAGUACUUUACCACCAACAUGAACACUUCCAGGAACUCUGUGGAGGACGCCUACUAUGAAGAUGCAGACAACAACUACCCCAUCACCAGGAUUAAUGGACCUCCCAAAAACUCCUACAACGACUCCGAUGCUCUGAGCAGCUCCUACGAGUCUUAUGAAGAAGAAGAGGAAGAGGCCAAAGGGCGAGAGCAACCUCAGAGAUGGACGGCUGAGGAGAGUCCCGAUGGACCAGUUAGAGACUGCCGCAUCUGUGCCUUCCUGCUGAGAAAGAAACGCUUCGGCCAAUGGGCUAAACAGCUUGUCGUAGUCCGAGACAAUAAACUUCAGUGCUUUAAGAGCAUCAAAGAGAGCACUCCCCACACAGAGCUCCCGCUGAAUCUGUGCAACGUCAUCUACGUCCCAAAGGAAGGCCGGAAAAAGAGACAUGAGUUGCGUUUCUCGUUGCCUGGAGGCGAAGCUCUAGUCCUGGCUGUUCAGAGUAAAGAGCAGGCCCAGCGGUGGCUCAAGGUGGUGCAGGAUGUCGGCAGCCAGUGUAGCAACACUGAGGGACUGGAGGGGUCCACUUCUCCCAUUAUACAGAGGAAGUUGGAGCUUGACAAGGUGCUGCAGUGUGAGCGGCAGGCAUCCGACUCAGACAGCGGGCCAACAGCAGAAAGCCACUCCACUGCACAGGGACAAGGACGGGACACCAUGGACUCACUGAACAGGGGGAAGCGCGGAGCGUUCUCGGAGCUGACGGGGUCCAUGAGCCGAGCAGCGGGGAAGAAAAUCAAUCGGAUCAUCACUUUCUCCAAACGGAAACCUCCUUUACCAGGAGAGCCUCCCUCAGCUUCUGGUCACCAUGAUAACCCACGCUGUGGCUUCCUUAGCGUGUGUCUGAGCGGCUCUUGGAAGGAGCGUUGGUGUGUUGUGCGAGGAGGAAACUUAUACCUGCAGAAGGACCCCGGGGACCAGCGACCACCGGUAAUUGUGGUGCCGCUCAAAGGUGCAGAGGUGGUGACAGGAGGCCUCGGCCCCAAACAUCCCUUCUCCUUCUGUAUCCUGCAGGCGGGCAGCGAGCUGGCAUCUUUAGAGGCCAGCAGCUCUGAGGAUCUCGGCCGCUGGUUGGGUGUGUUGUUUGCAGAGACCGGCAGCACCACUCUCCCUGAAGAGCUGCACUAUGACUACAUCGACGUGGACACGCUCACCGACAUUCGGCACGCUGCCAGACACUCCUUCCUGUGGGCCACUACUACUGCUACUUCCUCCAGCAGUACCUCGACAGACUCCAGAACAUAUGAUGAGGUCUAUGAAAGCGUUGCGGACGGAGAGAUUGAGAGCAGAGCUGGACAGGUGAGACGUCAUGCCUCCUUCUCCAGCAGGGACUCUGAAAAAACUGAACAACAGGCCGCUGUCAAGAGACAUGCCUCCAAUGUAAAUCAGUAUGGACGGUAUGGGAAGACGCGUGCAGAGGAGGAUGCCAGGAGGUACCUGACUCAGAAAGAGGAGCUGGAGAAGCAAAAGGAAGAGCUGAGACACACACUGAUUUCCCUCCGCAGGGAGAAGAGGGAGGUGAAGGAAGAAAUGAAGGGUGUCACAGAUCAUGGUGUGGAACAGCGGUUAGCCAAGUUGGAGACGCUGUGUAAACAGAAGGAGGAGGAGAGGGUGGAGCUGGAGCUCAGACUGACAGAGGUCAAAGAAAAUCUGAAGAAAUCGCUGGCAAGAGGAGCGCUGGGUCCUCCCACUGACACCAAGAUCAGCGUCAAGGCACAGGGCAGCAAAGUUGAGAAGGUAUACAAUGAGACUGUGCCGGUCAACUCAGCAAGUGAGCUUCGCAAGCGCCCUCCGUCUCUGUACGCCUCCUCCAAGGGGAACGUCAUGCAGAAAGCAAAGGAGUGGGAGUCAAAGAAGGGGACCUAGACUGAGUAUGAACAUUUCGACAGAUGGAUUCAUGGAGAGAAAAAAUCAAACUGAGCUGUGACAGGAAGUCGUGUAAAAGAAGAAACAGAUGAAGAUGACUGGCACUGAGAAAAAGAAGAAGAAGAAGAUGAGGGAGAGGAGAAAGAGGGAACAGCACAGACUCUGACACUGUCUUCCCUCAUCUUACCUUUCAACAAAAAAGGAAACUUUGCAAGUACAGGCAGCACGGUGCCGUCUAGACCACUGUAAAUAUGACAGACUUUUAAUGAUGAACCAGUUCAGUAUUAAUGUGCAUCACUAUGAACAUGAUAUGUGUGUUUGUGUGGGUUUGCAUGUGUGUUUACAUUUGCACAGGGCUGCAGAAAGUGAAAAUGUGAUUAAUUCAAAAGAAUGCAUCACAGAGGGAGUGUGGUUCAUCAACACUGUGAGUUACAGGCAAGAUGUCCACUGUUUUAAUUCCUUUCUUACAGGAUACUUGUCAGUGUAAAGUGAAAAACUAAAGUAUAGAAAUGAUUAUAAUUACUACCUUAAGUUAUCUUUAUUGAUGAGAGAAGUAUCCCACAUCUUGUGAGGUGUAUUUAAACUAUUAGGAAAGCAUAUUGAGUAUGACACUGUUCCUGAAACCAGUGAGUAAAUGUUUAUUAAUUCAAUGUGAAACUAUUGGUUUUUACCAUUAUAUGUGAUUUUAUUGUCAUAUUUGCCUUUUGCACUUUAUCUUGUUGUAUUUUGUGACUACACAAAUGUCUUGGUAUUAGCAGUAGCACCCCGCUUCAGAAUCGUGAGGAUGAAUGCCUGCGUCUGCUCGCCCUGUUCAUCACAGAGAGGUGAACAAACACACACGCUGGAGUAAAUGAUGACUUUAUCAAGAAA